AUGGAUGUCUACUUGAUGAUUUGCCAUCAUAAGACAACAAUCUUCAUUGAGGCCAAAGAGAUGACAACUGUGCAUGAGUUGAAAAAGGUGGUGGAGGGACUACUGCAGAGGUCACUGGAGGAGCAGCAGCUCUACAAAGAUGACCAGCUGCUGGAUGAUGAUGAUAGGACUUUGCUAGACUAUGGCUUAAGCAGCCAAAGCUGCUGUCCUCAUGUUCCUGCCACAGUGGGCUUGGCUUUAUUCAGACCUGGCAAUGGAACCUUUGAGCCAUUGCAUAUUGACCCCUUCUCAAGCACCCCAGAGCUGCCUGAUGUUAUGAAGAAACAACAGUCUGGUAGCAGCUCCAGUGAGCAAGCCUUGCACUAA